GUUUCCUUUCAAACGCCUAAGUUCCUAUUAGACUCAAUUCAUGGCAGAUGUUUCGUUCCUUCCAGCUCUUUCGCAAUCCGAUAUUGACCGAGCUGCACAGCUGAUAUUACAGGCGUACGCCAACGCUUCGAGUUCAGGUCAAGGCGUACAACUACAACGUAUCCAACAAGAAUUGCUAGAUAUACAAAGGCUUCCCGAAGCUUGGGGUCUUGUGAUUCCGUUUUUGAACCAUCAGGACCAAAACAUCCAAUUCUUCGGCGCACACACGGCACAGGUCAAAAUCGCGAGGGACUGGUCGUCUUUUCCUCAAGAACACGUAGAAGCUCUUAGGGAUCUUUUGAUUCAGCUCACCGCACAUUCUGUUGCAGUCGGGAAGAAGAAAGUGGUCCUUCGUAAACUCUUUGUUUCGCUAACAUCGCUCGCUCUUAAACUCGUUGCUCAACAUCCCACUCGAUGGCCAAAUUGGAUUCUUACAUGCGUAACCUCGAUGUCUGGUCGCGGUGCAGCAACAGAUCACAUUCUCGACUUUCUUGCGAUUGUUGCCGAGGAGGUUUCAAGUGCAGAUCUUAUAGGGUCUAGCAAGUCGCGCAUGCAGCAAAGCCUCCUAGAUGCUACAACGAUGGUCGUUCAGGCAAUGAAAUCGCCUAUCGAAGGACCACUUAAUCCUGCUUCACAUAACAACGUUCUCGCUGCCUUGAAGUGCUUACAAGCUUGGUUAUCGUAUCUACCUUCCAGCGAUUUGACGCCACUUCUUCCGAGUAUUAUUUCCCUUCUGCGACCCGAUGUAGACGACGUAUUCGUCUGCGCCUCCGACACACUUCAAGAGGUCAUGGCCAAAUCCGCGUUGGCCGAUGGAUCCGGGUCAAGAGUCUUGACCGAACCGCUACUCGUAUGGUUGGACUCUUAUGGUUCUCGAAUUCUUAUAACGGCACUAGGAGAUCACUCGACAAGUUAUAUCGCUGCCCACAUUGCAUCUCCUGCAUCUAUUUCACCUCUUCCUUCUGCAGGCUCGGCCCUGCUUCGUGAAUCCCAGAAUAAGACUAAAGGACAGCUUUCCCAAGUCUUUCUCAAGUUGCUGUUAGCAUACAGUGGGUUUCCAGGCUAUUACGGAGUAGACGAGGAUGUCAGUGAGAUGACAUUAGGAUUCUGGUAUAUGCUUCAAGAAGCAUUAUGGAAUAAUGACUUUUACAUUGAGGACGGCGGAGAACCUUCGUUGGCUGACCAGCAGUCGUCAGUGGACCAGACCGCAGUCGCCAAGGAAUUGUAUGUUGAAGUCGUCAAAGUCCUUCGCAGAAAGAUUAAAUAUCCUGGACCUGGGAAUGCGUGGUCUAAAGAUCAGUUUGAGAAAUUCCAAGUGUAUCGGCGAGAUGUUGGCGAUAUUCUCAUUAAUGCAUAUUAUGUCAUCCGAGGCGAUAUGAUAGGGUUUUUCGUCAGCGAAGUAGCCAACGAUCUAACUUCCAUCCAAAUUGGCCGGAAAGAAUGGGAGGAUGUCGAAGCAACUUUACACUGCAUAUUAUCUAUUCAAGAGGCUCUAGAUUAUGAAAAAACCCCGCAUCUACCGCGGCUGUUCAGUCCGGAAAUUCUUGGUCGUCUUCCGACUGCCGGACAUAUUCGUGUCCGGAGAACAACAUUAAGUCUUUUAGGAACUUAUGCAUCGUGGUUUGCUUCAAACCCCGACCAGGCUACGGUGCCACCUCGGGAAGAGCUCUUGACCACUGCGGUGUCUUACGCUGUUCAAGCCUUGCCUGAUGCGAUGCUCUCCCUCCAGGCCGCUACUGCCCUUCGUAAUCUAUGCGACGCUAACCGGAAACUACUCGCGCCCCGUAUUGGUGCGUUUGCGGAGCUGCAUGCAGGAUUAGCACGAGUGCCAGACUCGGAAAAGGCCACUGUUAUGGAAUCUAUUGCGAGCGUAAUUGAGGCACUACCUCCCGCUGAUGCUAUUCCCACUGUGGAGGUCAUUGUCAAUCCGCUCAUUCAAAGGCUGGUGGAGACUCUGCGUUCCCCAACUUCUCUUCCACCCAAUGCUCGAGAACAGAUAAUUCUCCAGCUAGAAACUCUCUCUGGUAUUGCCAAGGGACUUACGGAUAGCACAUCAAGUGAUACACUACUCGAUGAUGAUCCCGAGGUCGAUGUAACAUGUGAAGUUCUGCGGUCCGCUCGGGAAGAUGAACGGGUCGUUCAUCUACGACAAAGCAUCCUCGACGCAAUUCGCGCAUGUGUAGAGAUAUUCGGUCACGACGCAGGAAUCGCGCAGGCCGUGAACGAGCUUGUCAAAUCCAUCACGUCGCUGCCCGCUGAUAUGACACUGAUUUCAUUGCCGGCCCCUCCUUUGUUGGAAAUCGUCUGCUUCGCCUUGCACAGACAAGUGACUGCAUCAUGGUUGAGCGUCGCUGGUAUAUUAAUAACCCAGCUGAGUCCACCUCCGCCAAUACCACUUUCAGACAAGGAAAAAGAGGAGAUACGGGCGAAGGAGCGAGUCGCUCAGGAUGAACAAGCCAAAGCGGUCGUUGCUGGCAUUUUACCUUCGAUAUUAAGCACAUCUUUGGCUUUGUUGGGCUCGCCGGGUGGUAUGGAGAACAAUCCCGAUAUUGUGCAAGAAUUUUUCAACUGCCUAGAUAGGGUCGCUCAAAACAUGCCGAGCAACCUCUACUUCCUACUGCCAGGAGGGUUGGACGCCCUUAUGCAGUGUGCCAUCCGUGCCCUUACGCUGCAAGAGCGGUAUUCGUUAGUUGCUGCCUGUUCCUUCUUGAGUACUCUGAUACAUCGAUCCUAUGUUCACGAAUCCCUCGCUCCGUAUCGUACUCAACUUGUCAGUACACAUGGACGAGCGAUCACAGAGGCCGUAGUCAGUGGAUUAGCUGGCCAAGCACCCCGAAGCGCCACCACCAACCUCAUCGAAAUGUUAUCAACGCUCCUGACACGGUGUCUGUCAGAGUGCAGACUAUGGCUAAACGAUGUGCUCUUUAGUGAAAACUUCAUCGCCUCAAAGGCCACAAAGGAAGAUAAAGAAAGAUUUAUGAAAGCAGUUUUAGGAUCACGAACGCUGAAGAAGACUAGAGAGGCAGCACAGCAAUUUACCCUUGUCGCGAGAGGUCUGGAGGGGACCAGUUUUGGUUAUGCGUCCAUCUCAAGCUGAAGAGCGGUCGACGUCAAAGUUGUACUGUAACUUAGAGUUGUACUUAGUGUAAUUAUAAAUGGAUGUGCUAAUAUCACGC